AUGUGUGCGGGGGCCGUCCGCGCGCUGCUCUUCGCAUGGCUGCUAGCUGCCACCGUCCGCGCCACUGCUCUCGCGGCGGCAGAGCCGUCACGGCGCCAGACGUGCUGCAGCGAGGACGCGGUGACAUGCGGCGUCACUUGCAGCGGCUGCCUCCCAUGCUUUGGCUGUAUCGGCCCUGCAGCCCUGAACCCGCUCUGCUAUCCGUGCGUGGGGUGCAUCCCCUGUCUAACCUCUUGCGCAGAGUACCUGGAUUGCUACUCCACGGAGCCCGACUGUUCCAACUCGAUGUGGUGGGGCACGCCUCCUCGGGCGCGGAGCUGGACGGUGGGCACAGAGAGCUGCGCCUCGCCUCCGUGCGCGCUCAUCCUCGCCUUCCACGGCUGGACCAUGUCGGACGAGCUCAUGCGCGAAGUCACCGACAUGGACAGGAUUGCCCAGCAGCACGGGGGUGCGAUCGUGGUCUACCCGGACGGGAUUGGCGUGGACAUCUGGUCCUGCUGGAGCAUCCCCAACGCAGCCAACCUGGGGCAGUGCCUGUUCGACGCGGGCGUCGACGACGUCGGAUUCGUCGAUGCUCUCAUUGACCGGAUGAUCGAGCGCUACUCCAUCGACGCAGGGCGCGCGCACCUAGAUGCGCAGGGACGAGGCCACAACAGCCUGCCCCGAGCCGCACACAGCAGCCCUCGUUUCACCACAUAG